AUGGGCAAAACGCCACACGAUCGCCGCAGUGUCACCCGUCCAAGCCCUUACCAAGUGCAGAGCUCACGGUCCGGCUCGCUUUCCCUCAAGUCUGAGGAUGAAGAGCUCAUGUCCAUCUACAACGCGCCUGGCCAGCCGGGUUACCCAGGACCCUGGUCUGGCGGAAUGAUUGGCGACAUGAAUCAGAUGACUUUGGAGCAUCGCCGAUCAAGCUCGACCCCUUUCGACCUCCCGCAGAUGGGACAGCCAAUUCCUCGUUCCCGUGCUCGUUCCUUUUCGUUGGGCAAGAGUUCAAACAGCCUUGACUUUUUAGAACAGGAUUUGGACAUCGGCGGCCCAGCAGCAGAGCGUGAGGCCGCCAUCCGCGCUGACCUUUCAAACAAGGCCGAACAGGUCCGAGCUCUGAGUCCGUGCCAGCAUGGCAAGGCAAGGGCCGUGUGGGCAAAGCGAUGGCUUAAACUGAGCUACACACCCGUCAAUGGGUUCACCGUUCCUCGCCAAGGCCUGUACCACUCGUACACCAUGUCGUGUAACGACUUUGGUCUCCGGCCCAUCAACUCUGCUUCCUUUGGAAAGGUCGUACGCUCGACUUUUCUAGGAAUACGCACCCGCCGCUUGGGAGUUCGGGGGAACAGCAAAUAUCAUUACGUUUCUUUGCGCCCGGCUAUUUCGACCGAAGCCCAUCGCCUCAACGCGUAUGGCGACUCGAGCGGCCAGUUGCACAUUGCGCCACAAGACGGAGAUUUCAGCAUGGACGACCACGGUGGUGACGUUCUGACCGAGGAUGAAACGGAGGAAGAAGAGGACGACGAACUUGCGGAACUAUCUGAAGGCAUGACGUACUCCGCCCACCCUUUUCCGCGCUCCCAACCGAGUGGCCCUGCGGACCGCUCGCGGUCUGGCUCACAGGAUGAGCAUCUCGUAAUCCGGUCUGGACGCCCUGCCCACAUGCCACAGAACUUCACACCCACAGCGUCGGGUGUUUCAUCUGAUGCAUCCGCAGCCAUCCCGUUUUCGCUGCCAGGCGCUCCUCGACCUACUCCUCCUUUUCCUGGCCUGUCUGCUGGUGUCGACCCUAUCACUGUCACAUUUUGGCAAUCUUUUUGUGUCGCCCAGGAGCAGCUGGGGCGGUGCGUAGCCGAGCUCGACUUGGACUCCUUCCAGCAGAACUACCGUAGUUUUUGGGAGGCACAAGCGCCAGAGACGCUGCAGCUAUGUGCCCAACCUCCCCUUGCUUCCAUGAUUGUGGAUGGGAUGGCGAUGUCGUAUGACCACAUUAUUCUCUCAUUGGUGGACAAGAUUCUGGGCCCCAUCCCGCCAAACGCCCAUGCCGCCCUCGGCAUCAUGGCUGCUAAUUUUGAUAAGAUGACUGCCGACAGCCUCGGCGGCUUGGCUACGGAGGUGUCUCGCCCAAUCAUCGAGCUGAGUGGCCAGGUCGGGCAGCUCCUUGCCCGUUUCCUCGACCUACACCAAAUCACGACGGCAAUCGGGCCCAUCCUUGCCGAGCCUGAGCACCUCGCAGCCAUGCGCAACUCUUGGCGGAUGCUCGACGCCAAUUUUGUUAUUCGCCAGUCGACGAUGGCGUCUGGUUGCUCUGAGCAGCUGCUCGAACCAGCCAUAAGGUCGUUCGGUAACUGGCUCAACGAGGUUGGCGCCGACUUGGCCGCCCACCCUGUGGAGCUGCUCGCUAUGUGCGUCGACGGGGCCGUCGGGCAAGCCGAGGCUACAGUGAACGGUUCCGACAUCCGCGCUAUCAUUCCCAAGGCAUCAUACCUCACCUCCCAGGUGAUGCGGCUUCUGACACUCCGCUCCGACAUGUCCUUUGGUUGGUUCCAGCUCAUCAAGACCUGGGUCGACGACUAUGUGACACUUACUUGCGUGCGGCGGGCCGCGUUCGCUCGUCCUAGUCCCAACCUCCUCGGCUCCGGCACGCUGCAGCCAAAGGACCUCCAGAGCCACCACAACCCUCGACUGGCCAUCGACACAGCCUCGGCAACGUACAGCACUGUCGCACCACUCGAUCAGAACGCUAUUACUCCGCGCCCAGCAUUCACCGCGUCUGGCGCUGCGACCCAGGCUACAGGGCCUGGGGUCGGCGGCAUCGCCGGCCUGACGGGGCCCGCUGGCGGUCCCCCAUCCUUUUUUUGUGAACAAUACACGGAUUGA